UCUCUCAAAAUUUGACUGUAGAACAAGAAGAAGAAAUCCGGAAAUUCUAAACCAUAUUUCAAAAAAUGCCUCAGAACAAUUUGACGGAAGGUGCAAUACCGAUGCUAUUUACCGAUGAUGCGCCGAAGACUGGUGUAAAACCGGUACUACAAGUGGCAGAGAUAACGCUUUUAAAAACACGGAACCAGAACAGUAAUAUUGAGCGGUACCGAAUAUGGUUGUCGGACGGGAUGUUUUAUCAGCAAGGCAUGCUGGAUCAGCAGCUCAACGAUCUGGUUCGAUCCGAAAAGAUCCAGAAGGGUUCCAUUGUGCAGCUGAACAAGUUUGUGCUUGACUUCAUUAAGAACUGCUUCAGGAUUAUACUCAUUUUUGACCUGGACGUGUUACUUGAAAAAUGUGAAUGCAUCGGUGAACCGACGUUAUUCAAGACUGAGGGAAAUAACUAUUCAAUGACAAGAACAUUUGUGCCAGUUCAGACGGAAAUUAUUAAUCCUCAUUUGGGUGCAGCUGGUUCAGUGAUGGACGCUUCAUGGCCAAAUGUAGCUAGUGGAGUUCAUGUACGAUCUAGUGGAAUGGUUGCUGAGAGACGGCCUAUUGCUCAAAAUCAGCAAUUUCAUUUUUGCGCCUUAAGUGAACUUGAAGGCACGGAGAACAGUAGUAUUGUGGAUGUGAUUGGUGUGGUUUCAUCUGUCAGCCCAUCGAGCUCAGUAAAGACAAAAAGAGGUAUCGAAACUCCUCUAAGAACACUUCAGUUGAACGAUAUGUCUGGCAGGAGCGUUGAACUAACUUUGUGGAACAAUUUCUGCAAUAUAGAAGGCCAAAUACUUCAAACAUUUUGUGAUUCUAGGGAGUUUCCAGUUUUGGCAGUCAAAUCUUGUAGAGUGAGAGAUUUCUACGGGAAAGUAGUAUGGACCAUACCUACUAGCCAGCUUUUUAUAGAGCCAGAUUUGCCCGAGGCACACAACCUCAAAGCAUGGUUUGACAAUGAAGGAAAGAACGUCAAUUCUAUAUCAAUCUCCAGAUAUACAAAUAUGGUCCAGUCAGAUGUGCGAAAAACUAUAUCGCAGAUAAAAGAUGAAAGAUUAGGUACAUCUGAGAAGCCAGAUUGGGUUACAGUGUGCGCGACUCUUGCACUCGUGGAAGUGGACAACUUUUUUUACACUGCAUGUCCCAUCUGCAUCAAGAAGGUUACAGAUUAUGGGGACGGGAAAUGGCGAUGUGAUAGGUGCAAUCAGUUGGUUGAUGAAUGUGAUUAUAGGUAUAUCCUCCGGAUGAAAAUCCAGGAUCAAACUGGCUUCAUGUGGAUUACUGCAUUUCAGGAAAGUGGGGAGGAAUUUUUGGGUAGAUCAGCACAAGAUUUGUACUGCCUCAAGUAUGAAGAACAAGAUGACGAAACUUUUUCAGAAGUAAUGCGUAAUGUUCUUUAUGCAAAAUAUCUAUUUACGUUGAAAGUAAAAGAAGAGACAUUUAACAACGAAAAGCGCAUAAAGUACGCACUAGAGAAAGCAGAGAAGGUAAAUCUUGACUCAAUAGCUAAGUUCAAGAUGGAGGUCACAGGUUCCCUACAUCUGGAGAGUAGAGAAUAUGCAGCUCCUAUUAUGAACCAUAGUCGAAAUACUGCCAAUAUGGAUAGAGAAUCAGGUGUACCGAGUCAGCCAGGUUCAUAUUGUGAUCAGUACAUUGGUUCUAGACUUCCUAUGACUGGCUCGACUAGCACGUAUAUGAGUUGUAAACUCUGUGGUGGUGCAGGUCAUGGCCCUGAGAAUUGUCCAAGUCCGAGCAUUGUGAAUGGUCUUUAUCGAGGUAGUUUUGGCUACGGGACAUCGCCUUGGGUAACUGGCAGUGGCGAGACCCUCAAAUGCUUCAAGUGCCAUCUGUUUGGGCACUGGGCAAGGGACUGUCCUGGCUUUUUACAGUAGGCUCCAAGAGUUGGUGUUUGGUGUGUUGCUUUUAUUUAGUGUUUAUGUGUGUGUGAUCAUGAGAGCAUGGUAGGGAUUCAGAAUGUGUGAUGGAGGUAUCGUGAGCAGUAUCAAGAUACUUGCUUUUAUUGUAUUUGACUGAUUAUAAACAGUUUAUAAAUAUUAGCCAAAC